AUGGCUGAUAUUCUCCCCAAGAAGAAGACCAGGACGAAGAAGGGCAAGAAGAAGGCCGCCAGCGCCAGCAGCGAAGACGAGGGUGGGUCCGACCUACUCCCCGUCGGUGGACUCGACAGCCUGCCCACGAAAGAUCUCACAAACACUGCUUCAGGGGCAGUUAGUGGAGUAACUGGUGCUCUGGGCGGACUGGGCGCAAGCGAAUCAAGCGACUCCGGUGGCGGAGGCAAAAGCGACACAUUGAAGCUGAGGCUGGACCUAAAUCUCGAAAUUGAAAUCCAACUCAAGGCAAGGAUCCACGGUGAUUUGGAGCUGUCCUUAUUGAACUAA